AUGUCACAGAUUAGAACAGAAUUAAUAACACCUGCUGUCAAUUUUCUUAAAGAUCCAAAGGUUCAAAGCUCUCCACUUCAAAAAAGAGUCGCUUUUUUGGAAUCUAAAGGUUUAACUUCAGAAGAAAUUGAAGAAGCCCUUAAACAAGCAAAAGCUGGCCAGAUAGACUGGAGAGACUAUUUUAUUGCGGCUGUUCUAAUUGAUCAAUUUACAACCACUAUGGAAAAAUUAGAAGUAGUUAAGGCAGAUGCACAAUUAGUUAAGAAUACUAUUGAUGAACAAGUGGUUAAAGUUAAAGGAACAUUGGAUAAUCUUGACGAUGUGUUGAAGAAUUUACGUGAAAAGGAUGAUAAAAGAGAUGUAGAAAUUAAAAGAUUAAAAGAAUACGUAAAUGAAAUUAGAGAAUUAGUUCCAAAGUUAUUUACGCAAUCAAAAGAAUCACAAAAUCAAUCACUUCUUGAGAUAAAUCAAGAACUCAAAUCUUUAAAAUCCUUAAUACUUAAUCGAAGAACCUCACAACCUAUUGGAUCACCUAUAAUAACAUCAGAACAUCCAUCAAUUCCACCUUGGCAACUGGCUUCUAACAAUUCAUCUAAUGAUAACAAUAUGUAA